UGUUUUUCUCAUCACCUGAAAGUCAAAAUGUCCCCGCGAUGUAACAGCCUACAUCGUUUGCCAUAACUAUUCGAAGGCGGAUAUUGUCAAAUACACUGAGAAACUUUUUCUGGAUACAGAUUAAUUUUCUCCAUACUUUUUGUUUUUUUUCUUCAUUUGCAACUGAAGAGGAAGCUUCAACUGGAAACCUCUGCAUAAGGUCAUCUGAAAGUUUAGAGGAGGUCUACAUUGAAGGUGGCAGCCAUGGUGUUGAUUCUGGGCAGAAGGAUGAACAGAGAAGACUCUGGGAUCAGAGACUCACCAGCUGUCAAACGCAAGGUGUUUGAGGUUGACUCCAAAACUUUAGCCAGCCAGGAUGUCUUGGAUUUCUGUUCUGGCUCAUCACACUCAGAGGGCAUCCUGCAGGUCUUCAAUGAGUUUCGCGACUGUCGCCUGUUCACUGAUGUUGUGAUCAGCGUGCAGGGCCGCGAGUUCCCCUGCCAUCGCGCUGUGCUCUCUGCCUGCUCUUCCUACUUCAGAGCCAUGUUCUGCAACGAUCACCGUGAGAGCCGCGAGAUGCUGGUUGAGAUUAACGGCAUCCUGGCUGAGGCGAUGGACUCCUUCCUCGCCUAUGUUUACACCGGCCGUGCCAAGAUCACCACAGAGAAUGUCCAGUUCCUCUUCGAGACCUCCAGUCUCUUCCAGAUCUCCACACUGCGUGAUGCCUGUGCAAAAUUCCUGGAGGACCAGCUGGAUCCAUGCAACUGCCUGGGCAUCCAGCGCUUCGCAGAUGCCCAUUCCCUGAAGCAGCUUGCAAGCCGCUGCCGCAGCUAUGCCCUGGCCAACUUCUCAGAGGUGGCUCAGCAUGAGGAGUUCCUUGACUUACGUAGGGAAGAGCUGGAAGAGUACACUAGCAGUGAUGAGCUGUCCAUCGGUAAGGAGGAGGUGGUGUUUGAGGCGGUGAUGCGAUGGGUGUACAACAAUGUGGAGCACAGAAAGCCAAUGCUGAAGGCCCUUCUGCACAAUGUGCGCUUGCCCCUUCUGCACCCCAACUACUUUGUCCAGACAGUGGAGGGAGAUCAGCUCAUCCAGAAUGCUCCAGAGUGCUACCAGCUUCUCCAUGAGGCCAGACGCUACCACGUGCUUGGAAAUGAAAUGAUGUCACCCAGAACUCGUCCGCGCAGGUCAACUGGCUACUCUGAGGUGAUUGUGGUGGUGGGGGGUUGUGAGAGAGUUGGGGGCUUCAACCUGCCCUACACUGAAUGCUAUGAUCCAGUCACAGGAGAGUGGAAAUCACUUGCCAAACUACCUGAGUUCACCAAGUCAGAGUAUGCUGUCUGCGCCCUCCGCAAUGAUAUUCUGGUGUCAGGUGGUCGUAUCAACAGCAGGGACGUGUGGAUGUACAACUCCCAGCUCAACCUGUGGAUCCGUGUGGCUUCUCUGAACAAAGGCCGCUGGAGACACAAGAUGGGCGUCCUGCUGGGCAAGGUCUAUGCUGUAGGUGGCUAUGAUGGGCAGAGCCGCCUGAGCAGCGUGGAGUGUUACGACUCUUUCUCCAAUCGCUGGACAGAGGUGGCUCCAAUGAAAGAGGCUGUCAGCUCUCCGGCUGUGGCCAGCUGUGCCGGCAAGCUCUUUGUCAUAGGAGGAGGCCCCGACGAUGACACUUGUUCAGACAAGGUUCAGUGCUAUGACCCAGAGACAGACUCUUGGUUACUACGGGCCAACAUCCCCAUUGCCAAGCGCUGUAUCACAGCAGUGUCCCUCAACAACCUGAUCUAUGUGUGUGGUGGUCUCACCAAGUCCAUAUUUUGCUACGACCCUGCAGAGGACUACUGGAUACAUGUGGUUCAAACCUUUAACAAACAGGAGAGCUGUGGCAUGUCAGUGUGCAACGGUAAGAUCUUCAUCCUUGGUGGCAGAGGGGAAAAUGGCGAAGCGACCGACACCAUCCUGUGUUACGACCCGGCAACAGGCAUCAUCACAGGGGUUGCAGCCAUGCCGCGGCCGAUCUCCUACCACGGCUGUGUAACCAUCCAUCGCUACAACGACAAGUACCACAGGCACUGAUUGUGAACAAAUACACAGACCACACACACACUCUCUCAUAGGAGAGUACACACUAAAGAACUUCAGCUCUUCAAGUUCACCCCACACACAGCACAAACGCAAUCACACGCUUCUGUUGAAUGAGCGCAUUUAGUAGUUCACCCCACAGUACCAUUGAGCUUAUUUAUUUUCUCACAGCAUCUUGUAGCAAUACUAAUUGUGGUGCUCUGAAUCUUUUGCUGUUCUGUACCGUAGUGCCAUGGUACCAUUGCCCAAAGUCACAGAGCUUUCAACCAUAUACUACUUCUGUCUUGUGAUGACACCUGAGCAAGUCCCAUUUGCUGGAGAAGGCCAUGUUGUAUGGUUCGAAACUCCUUGAAAAGCAAAGUAAAUGUAAAAGCUUAGAUUAUUUUACCACUUAUAUUUAAAAUAAUAAGAAUAAGAAUAAUUGUACACAUAUUCAAAGAAAAUUGAACACCACAGUUUCUAAAUGACAAUGAGGAAAUUGUUUACUUACCUAACGGCAUAUUUUGAGGAUUUAAUGCUAAAUUUAGUACUAAUUUGACACCUAAGUUGAUCAAAACUCCACAUUAUUGAGUUUUCAUAAUUGAUUUUAUAAUGCUACUGAUUAAAAGCAGGUAAUCAAUUUAUGGUUAGACUUCCCAGCACUGCACUGUGCUUUUAUUACUGUGCAAAGUAGCCUCAUCCUGAGAUCUAGGUGAGGUGAAAUGAUCACAGAUAGUGCUGAUGAACAAAAGCAGUGCCUUAAAGCAACAAAUGAAAGAUGCCCACACAAGAAUGAACCAAGAAUGAUCUGCCAGCAGAAGACAUUUUUUUUUGACUUAACGGCUGAGCAGCCAGGUCAGAUUUCUAGCUUUGUACCACCUGCACUCCAUUCAGAUACGUACAAACAGUACAGAACAUAAAAAAGGAACAUCCUGCGUUUUUUGUUUGUUUUUAACUCUUUUGACUUGAUAGAAAUGUGGUAAGCAGUCAGUCAGCUGCUCUCCCACAGUAUCAAAUGUCAUAAAUCCUGCUCUCGCCCAUUGAGUCAAAAGAGAUAAAGAGCGGAGGCUGUACCAAAACAUAGACACUGUUAGUUCUGCUAUGUUUCUUCCUUUUUCCUCACUUCCCUCCACAUAUCACUUAGUUCCACUUCCUGUGCGUGCUCCAGCUGUGUCAUCACCCCACAUUUUCUCAUCUGCUGGUCUACAGUAAUAUGUCCUUUCAAGCUUUAUUUUGCUCCAUUAUAAUUUUUGUUAUUACACUCAUUACUGACUUAUUUUGUAUUUUUUUAAGUUAUACUUGUCUGUCUUUUUUUAUAAUUGAAUGUUUAUUGUACUAUACAUACAGUAGCUUUAGUGUCUGUUUCAUAUUGAUGUUAGUUCAUUGGUGUACUGGGCUUGUGGGUGGUUUUGUAGAUGUGAGAGGCCUUUGGAGAUCAAACUCGAAGACUGCUCUGAAUACGUGGUGUGCAUGUUUAAUAUGUAUGUAUGUGUGUGACUUUUACGACUCGGUCUGGUCUACGUGUUGGAGCCAAGGGGGUUUGUCAAAGAGUUCUAGUGUAAGCAUUGCACUACUGCUAACUUCUAUCAACAGACCUUCUCACACUGACGGUGGCACCUCUCACCUGUGUACAUGUAGAGAUGUAACUCUGGGUAACCAUAGAUACCUCCAGGUGUGUAUGCGUGUAUGUGUGUUUACUGGUCAGCUAAAGAUGUAGGUAGGUGUAGCAGUGCUAUACCUCACACAGCGGGGGUUAAGAGUUCUGAAUGACAAAGAUUUUGGAUGUUGUGGCUCAUGGUCAGUAAAAGUCAACUUUUACUACAAUAGGUGUUGAUAGACUAGAGAUAUUGCUGUGAAUAUAACUUUAAUAUGGUUUCUUUGUUCAACUUGUAUUUAAAUGUAGCUUUCUUUUUGCAUAUUGUUUUUUUUCUGUAACUGAGAGCCCCAAUUGUGCACUUUGACAGAAUCUUGUUAAAUGUAGAAUUAUAUGAUGAUGAUUUCUUUUUUUUUUUUCUCCUUUUUUACUGUAUCAGUAAAUGUUCUUUGCCUUCAUUUGACGUAUGGAAGAGACAGUAAAGGGGCCUGUCAGCUCCUCCUAUUGGCCGCUACCUGCUAUGGCUCUGAUAUUCUGACAAAAACAGCAAGAACUCCUAUUGGAGAACAAAGUCAAGAUUGAGUAAGAGAUUUCAAGCGUUUCGUCUCGGUGUGAAAAGCUGGGGAUCAAUGAGCUUGUAUGUGUCUUACUGUCUAACAUUGGGCAACUUCAGAAAACGCAACAUGAGAACAGCAGAGGCUGCUCUUCCGUCUGUCAGUCUCAAUGACAAAAACAGGAGGGGGGUUUUCGGCUUAAACCAUCCUCCAGGCGUUUUUAUUAGAAGGAUGAGUUCAGUGUCAGGUCUUCAACAGCAGCACAGGCUGAAAAGAAAACAUCCUCAGGCACACACACUCCUUUCAGAGUUACAUACUUAGGGUAACUCAGGAGGCCAAUGAGAGGAGGCUGAGGGGCAAGAACGGGGUAAAGCAAAACAAGUUAGAUAAAUAGUGAGUGAGAGAGAGAAUUUGAGUGUGUGCGUCUGUGAUUUCACUGAGUGUUUACACAAAAGUGUGUUAUGUUGAUUUAUUGAUUUUCAUUAUUAGCUACGUAGAAGCUUUCAUACAUUGUUUGCUUUGAUAAGAUUUUUUGGUUUGUUGAUUUUUCUUUUUUAGCUUGUUGCGGUGAGUCGUGGGACUGUUUGUUGCGAUAUGAGAUAUUUUGCCUUUGCCUUAAAUUAAACUCUGAAGAAAUGAGUGUUAAAAGUUGAUUGAUGGAGUUUAAUAUGAAUGCAGAUGUAAGCCAAAGCGGACUUGAUUCAAUCCUAAAGGUGACUUUGUUGAAAACCGUCAAUGAGGAAAUUGCGCUUGCAUGCGAGAUGGGGGCUUUAACCUGUCGCAUAAUGCUGCCCUAUGUGCCUGUAACAAAAGAAUAACGAGUGUGGAAUUCAAAUUGUCAAAUCAUUUUGAUAUAAAUUUUUCUUAUUGUUUGUAUGAUGUGAUAUUUUAACACCACUUUCUCCUCAAUUGCUUUUUGUCUAACUGCGAGAAAGCUUUGGACUUUUGUAAAAUGCAGUAUGUUGAAAUGUAGUGGUUGACUUGUAUAAGAGAAACAUCAAUAAAGUUUUUCUUUUCUUUACACUUUCAA